AUGCCGAUUGGUUGGCGCGCAGAGGCGCAGAGUGGCGAACUUGAUGUUGUCAAAACUGCGCCAUAUCCUUUCGAGGAUAUUUUUAAGGAAGCAAUUAAGGGAGAGUGGUUUGAGGAUGCCGCCUUAUCGGACGCCUUCAUCGACAGCCACGCGUUCUACGUUAACUUGGACGUAAACUUCAUUCUGGACAACUUCAAGGCUGAUGUUGCCUUCCUGAGACGUGUAUGGGCAUACCCCGGUCGUCCUACCUUUUUGCUGCCUGUGCACCAACGCUUCUUGAAACUCGCAGAAUCGGAAGCCUUCCUGCCAUCCAUUGUAACCACGAUUAAGAAGCUAAAGAGCGGAUACAUUAACGGAACUAGAGUCGUUCUUGGCAAGUUGAAGCAAUUUGAGAGCACUUCAUGUAUUCGGAAAAUCACCUUCAUCAAAUCUGCCGACACCCUUAUUCGACGUCAGUCCUCAAUACGCUCCGCCUCCCGUCGCCGUCGACUGACUGUU